GCUAUGCUUUCAUUAAUUAAACAGAUGCAUUGAAUUGUGUUCUCCUCUACCGGAACCGUUCGCGAUGAUGAAAUUUUUGCUUGGCAAUUUUCUGGUGAUUUUAAGUUUUCAGUACGGAAAAACCCAUGUCGCACCCGUUUUGAGUGUUUGCUCGCGCAGUGAUCCUAAUCUGGAAAAGUGCAUCACGGAUGUCGUGUACAGGAUCCGGCAAAAUGUGGCCACCGGGGACUACGGUGACGGCAGGCUGGCACCGAGACUGGAUCCGAUCUAUUUCGAUCGGUUGGCCAUCACCAAUGGACCCGGAUUCCGGAUGAUCCUGUCCAACGUGACAAUUCAAGGCACCAGCGGAUUUGUGAUUACCAAAAUUCGUGAUAAUUUGGCUCAGAAGAAAUUCGAUAUUGUAGCUAAGCUGCCCGUAAUGCACAUUAACGGAAAGUAUGACCUCAACAUGAACAUUCUGCUGCUGAAAUCCACUGGGAAAGGCAACUUUAAUCUGGUGCUAAACGACACAAUCGCCAGUAUGCUGAUGGAAUACCAGGUGAUUCCGACGGAAGGCAAAAACCUGGUCCGCUUCAAACCGAUCGAUCUGAAGCUCAAGUUCAACAAAGCUCGAUUCCAUCUAACCGGUUUGUUCAGCGGUGAUCCGACACUGGAGCAGAUCGGCAAUCAGGCACUCAACGAGAACCCACAUCUGAUGCUGGACGAGGUCAAGCCGGUAUUCGAGGAAAACCUGGCGCGAAUCUUCACCGACAUCUCGAACAGCGUUGUGCAGGGCGCGGAAGAAUCGGAACUGCUUCCGCCAUAAGCACUGACUGUCUGGCUGAGAUCGUUUGGCUAAGGGCAAGAGGAAAACGGGGGGAGAGACAGUCAUCUGAUUGUUGCUUGUUUCGAUAUGACGACUGUAUUGCGUGAUUUUAUGGUGCCAAUAAAAAUGAAUCGUGUGUUGA